AUGGACUGGCGGAAGUCCGUUGGUGGUCGGGAAGAACUCUGGCGGUGGCCGGGAGGAACACCGAUGGUGGCUGAGAGGAACUCUGGCAAGAACUCCGGCGGUGGUGGGGAAGAGUUUCGGCAGUGGUCGAUGGAUUGGUUGAAGUUCGAUGGUGUUCGAGAAGACUUCGGCGGUUGUCGGUGUUUUCAAAACCACCGGCGGCUUUUCGACGGUUCUCGCGUUAGAUCAACCGCCGGCAAGCGUCGGUACACCGCCGGCAAGCGUCGGUACACCGCCGGCAAGCGUCGGUACACCGCCGGCAAGCGUCGGUACACCGCCGGCAAGCGUCGGUACACCGCCGGCAAGCGUCGGUACACCGCCGGCAAGCGUCGGUACACCGCCGGCAAGCGUCGGUACACCGCCGGCAAGCGUCGGUACACCGCCGGCAAGCGUCGGUACACCGCCGGCAAGCGUCGGUACACCGCCGGUUCAACACCGGCGGUUACUCGGUGGCUUGGCCGACGGUCUUACCGGCGGUCUAGACCGCCGGUCGUUCACCGGAUGACCGCCGGGUGCCGUCGGUAG